AUGAAUUUCAACUACCACCAUGGCGAACACUCUUCCAAGCAAUCAUCAUCAUACCCAACCUAUACAUACAACAUCUCAGCGAGCUCGCCGCCGACCACAGCUUCACAAGUCACCAUUCUCCACGACCCGCGCCCGGAACCUGACCAGAGCGUGGUGUCAGACCUCCCAACUCCCUCCCCACAGCAGACCAUCGUACCCUACGCGCCGACUCCCCCGCCAGCUCGAACUCUACUCUCAGUCCCGUCCGAAGAGGAGAUCUACGGGCCCGACCGAUACUCUGGCCACUACCCUGUCGCCCUUGACAAUGAUACACUCCCGAUGAGGCCAGCUCCCGCCGUACACUUCAACGACCAACCACAGCAUUUCAUGGCUGCCCCUCUAAGCUACCUUGCCGGCAGGGACUUCAAAGAUGAGUUGGCAAGAGCGGCGAGUAUGGUCACACCCGGAGUAGACGAAGUUCCCUAUAUCCGAUACGCGUUGGACGCGUUGACCAAACCUCGCGAGGAUGACCGCAUGACUGGAAACACGUCAUCUGAUAGCGACGAACCAUUUCUUCCCCAGCCUCAGGCCAAUGUCGCCCUACCUGCUCCGACACACCACCCAGAGACAAGUACGAGCAUCAUAUCGGACAGCCUUGUGUUGUCUGCUCCGGCUCCCAAGUCUCCAUCUGCAGAGGAACACCUGCAGGCCAGGCGACAGCGCCGGAAGGAGUUGAACGGAUUUGAUUUUGAUAUCGAUGAUCUUGGCGAUCCCCUCGAUUAUAUGGAGAGGAACAUGGACCCGCCCGUCGAACGCAGCCCGCCGAGAACUGUCGAUGUCUGGCAAGCUCAGCCCGACGUGUGUGAAGGGGGCGACAUGGAGAAGGCUCAACAUUUUGCGCCGCCUUUGACCUACAAACCCUGGAUUCUACGACCGCAAUCCCUAUUGCUGUUGAUUGCGUUAUUUGUACUGAUGAUCACGGCUCUGAUUUUCAGCGCGAUAUACUCUAUUGGCCGCAAUGGUUUCAUGACUUACGACGGUACGAUAUAUGGUGGACAGUACUUCCUUUUCCGCAUCCUGCCGCAGCUACUCGGGGCUGUCCUGCUUCUAUACGCCCAGAGUGUAGUCGCUGCGGCAUUUCGGAUACUGCCCUUCUCGGCCAUGGCUUCGGAGGACCGUCGCGAACGACGAAACGCUGUUUUCAUGCCAUUAUACCCCAAAUCGUUCUUGUGGCCGCAACUUGCCGGCCCUUGGAACGUCUGGAUACCCGCAAUCAAUGUGUGGCUAAUGAACAUUACGAUACCCCUUUUGAGCGGCCUUUUCACCGUUGUCCUGGUGGAUGGCACCUGGACCUGGUCGACGGUUCAAGGGGUGGCGUGGACGCUUGUGGCCUUGUACGUAUCGAUGCUUCUGUCGGUACUCGUCAUGUUUGUCUACUGGCGUCAAAAGAGAACCGGCAUGAUGAAGGACUGGGACCUACGGACCAUCGCAGAUCUGAUCUUUCUGGUCUCGCAGAGCAACUCAUUGUCCCAAUACCGGGGACUGGAGUCAGUGGCGACGCGCAAGGGGAUAAGGAGAGCUCUCGAUGGCACCACUGAAAGACUUGGGUACUGGUUUACACCCGAGGUGCCGAGCAACUACACAUUCUAUGGCAUUGGAAUGCCUACAACCGAGGAGGAUCUCGAAGCCGAGAAGUUAGACAAGCAGAAAUGGGCUGAGCACCGGAGGGAAUCCCGACUGGUCUCCUCCGACGCUGGAGCGGUACUGACCAGGCGCUAUCUCCCUUGGUGCUUUCGCGAUAGCCAGGUCGUUCUCUUUGCCGUGGCAUCGGCCAUUCUGUUGAUCGCGCUACUUGUGGUCUCGUUCGUGCGCUCCACGGAUGUGAGACAUGGCUUCCUCCCUGGUCUCAGUGCUGGGCCUCUGACGGGUGCAUUCUCACCUGCCGACUUCCUCUACUCCUUUCUCCCUUCGCUCCUGGGCCUUAUCCUCUUCCUCCUCUUUCAGUCGCUCGAUAUCACCUUGCGGAUUCUGGCUCCGUGGGGUGAGCUAGCGCGUGAUGAGGGUUCACGGGCCGAGACUUCGCUCUUGCUGGACUAUGCGGCUUGUCUGCCCUGGGAGUCAACAUACAAGGCCAUCAGGAAUAAGCAUUGGCGUGUGGCAUUCAUCACGUUCCUAUCGCCGCUCUUCAUCUUGCUACCAGUGCUCGGCGGAGGGUUGUUUAUGGCACUGACCCCCUCAUCCGGGGUCGUCCGCAUGUUCCCAAACGUGCCCGCCUUCGCCAUCGUCCUCACGCUCCUCUUCCUGUACCUCUUCGCCCUCGCCUCCUUCGUGCCCUUCCGGUCCCAGUACCGCCUGCCGCACGCCGUUACCUGCCUGGCCGAGAUCCUCAGCUUCUGCUGCAACGAGCAGCUGCGCACGGACCCGGCCUUCGACUUCGAGCGCGUCGAGAGCCACGGCCACCUGCGGGCCCAGCUCGACUGCGGAAAGGACUGGCACCGCCAGGGCCGCUGGACGUUCGGCGCCGGCCACAACAACGACGAGAGGCCCGGCAUCAAGCGCUACUCCAAGUACACGGUCAACAAGCGGAAGUUGAGCCAGUACGACCGGAGGGCGGCCGGGCAGGUCAUCUCGCUGCCGCUGCCGCGCGGGAGCGGCUCGCUGUUUGGGCGCUUCUAG